AUGGCGACCCUAGGCGGCAAUCUUCGCAAUCCUCCUAAUGACACAUCAACAACUUCACGAUGGCGCCGGAAUCGUUCCAGCGUCAACCUGCUCGAUCAGGUCGCGUCAGCUACUCCCGCUACUUCAGGCCCCUCGUCGAGUAAACCCGAACCAAAGAUCGAGCGUGCAACCUCCAAAAUGUCUCUCUUCAAUCUCUUCAGCCGACCCAAGGUCGAGAAAGCACGGGGGCAUACAGAAGUUGGCCUCGCAGUUCCAAUGCCACCUCCACAGCCACCUCCGAAACCAGCACCCACGUCCACUCCAAAAUCGUCGUUAAGACUGAACCCGCCAUCUGCAGCUCAACAGCCGCAUCGAUCGCGCUCGAGCCAGAUGCUUCGGCCAAUGUCCUUCCGAACUCCCAGCGUAAGGCAGGAAUCUUCUAGCUGGGACCCUCCACCUCUGUUCCAGGCCUAUCCGCAGUCCAUCAAACAUGCCACUGUGCAAGCAUGUGUCUUUUCGCCGGAUGCUUUGCUGAGGACGCAGAGCCACAGAUUGCAGUAUGACCUGAUUCGUGAACGAAUGGACAGCCAUGGGGACCUAUCUGCGACGUUGGAGCAUGGUGCAAAUAAAAAGCUGGAAAAGAGCCACAAACGCCUCAUCUCCAACUCGGUCAUGAGCCCCUCCGCACCACAGCUGACAAAUAAGGUCUAUGUGCUGGACACUUUGGGACAUGUCUUGCAAUACUCAGGCGAGGGCUCAUUUGACCGACUUCCUGAAAAGGUCCUGCAACUGGGUAAGGAAUCCGCGGCUUUCGCAUGCGAUUUGAUUCCUGGGAAGCACUUUGUCCUCCAGAUCUCCCAAAGUGCGAAAGAAGAUGGAACGGUCGCUCUUGCCCCAAAGAGCUCCCUUCUUUCACGAUUCCGGUCGCAACCUUCCUCUCUUAAGCGAUCGGCAACAAGUUUCCUGCUGGUGCUGGAUAGUGCGGAUGAGAUGAAGGCGUGGAUGACAGCAGUGCGAAAAGAAAUAGAAAACAUGGGCGGAAUGAAGGUGGCGGAGGACACUACUCGCGAAUCUUCAUCCAUGGAAGUGUCGUCCGGAAAGAAUUCGCAGGAGAGUGCGGUUCCGAGCCAUCGAUAUCAGGUCCGGCGCGACCCGAACCGCAUGAGCAAGAUUAGCCCAGUAGAUUCGCCUUUACAGUCCCAGUAUUCCGGCUCCCCCAAGGUCGUCGGAGCGGAGUGGGAAGGAGAUGGAAGUGAGAAGACAUUCAGCGUUUCCGACACUGCCAGCGUGCAGUCAUCCGGGAAAAGAUCUAUUGAAGUCCCAUCAAUAACGAGGACCUCUGGCUCGAACCCAGAACACUUGCGUGACAGGUCACGGCUUUCCUACGUCUCUACCAACACUUCAGUGUCGGGGCCACCUACAAGGCACACCUCCAGAGACUCUUCGCCUGCACAGUCUCCGUUGAGAGAAGGUUUCUCACUAACAGAUACCGAGCCAAUCCGAAGCGCAAUGUCCCUGAGGUCGUUUCAUAUGAACCCCAGCAACAGCGCGACGUAUCGACGGCGUUCCAUGCAGCCACUACCUACAACAAAUGAGGACACCUCUCUCUCCGCUGAUUCACCCGUAAUCUCACCACAGCGGCAUUCUUUCUAUGGUCCGAUCUCCCCAACAACAAGCAAAACGGAUCAAAAGACGGUAGUUCCAGCAAUCACUUCGGGUUCUAAUCCUGCCCCUACUUCAGCAUCUGCGCCUUCCCCUGCGCCUUCGUCGAACUCACAGCUCGCGCCACUAUUGUGGCCAGUCAGGUAUGGCACGAGAAGUUCAAGUGCGCCACCAGCUCGUCACGGGGUUAUCUCACCACCGCCACGAGAUCCUGCACCGCCUCCAGGCCGCCGCCCUUUGUCCACUGUCGACAACCUCAACACUACAAGCGCUGCAGCUCACCGAAUGUCGCAAGGACCCAAGCCAUUCGUUAGGCCGUUUCCAGUGCGGCCGCAGCAGCAGCACGCAGAUGGAAACCUUGUCCUACCUCGCCGCGUGUCAUCUUUCGGUCCACCUCCAAUUGCUCUUGGAAUUGCCGUAAACCGCUCAGUAACCGCUCCUGUGAGGCCAUCCGCAACUACCACAUCUCCCACCGGGUCGUCGGAUCCUCGAAGAACCUCAAGUUCAUCGCAACCACUUCGCCGUCCAACCAGCGUGCAGAUCCGCUCCGAUCCAGCACCCUUUCUCUCCUCAUCGCGAACCAACAACGGUCCCGUCCGUGCCAUAUCGAGUACCCCUUCGUUCGUCCCCAGUAAACGAGCGUCAACUAUAGCGCCCAAUUCGCAGUCGCAGCAGCGACUUAGUGUGGUACCUCGCCGUUCGAUGCCAGCCAUGGGAUUGCCACCUCCGGCUCCACCACCGAAUAUGCCAUUGCCUCCGCCGCCGCCUAUGGCGAAUGCAUCGGCCGUUGUUGUUUGA